AUGCUGUUUACCCUUCUUUUCAUUUCAAAGUCUACAGCAAAGCAUGCGGCAUAUUUCUGGAAUUUCAAGACUUCAAACGCAGAAUUCUCUCCUACUGUAAAACCCCACUGAUUCCCAGUGCCCACGAGAAUUCAUAGAUAGCUACACAGAGAGAGAGAGAGAGAGAGAGAGUAGAAGAAGAGAGUUAGUGUGAUAGAUGGAGGUGGAGUUGGAGCCCAGGGUGAAGCAAUUGGCUUACAAGGUGAAAGCCAUGUCUAGAGAAUCCCCUGCCCAGAAGGCCGUUCACGUGCUCGACACAGACCUCCGCAACCAUUGGUCCACCGGCACUAACACCAAGGAAUGGAUCUUACUCGAGCUCGACGAACCGUGUCUCCUUUCGCACAUAAGGAUAUAUAAUAAGUCUGUGCUGGAAUGGGAAAUUGCAGUUGGGUUGCGUUACAAGCCAGAGACAUUUGUUAAAGUUCGUCCCCGCUGUGAGGCACCUCGGCGUGACAUGAUGUACCCAAUGAAUUACACUCCUUGCCGCUAUGUGAGGAUCUCUUGUAUGCGUGGAAAUCCAAUAGCUUUAUUUUUUAUUCAGCUGAUAGGGAUCCCAGUUCCAGGUUUAGAGCCAGAGUUUCAACCUGUUGCUAACUACUUGCUACCACAUAUAAUAUCGCACAAACAAGAAGCUGUUGAUAUCCAUCUUAAGUUGCUUCAAGAUGUGACAAGCCGGUUGACCAGGUUUCUUCCUCACCUUGAGGCUGAUCUUAACAGCUUUGCAGAAGCUGCAGAAUCUACUAUCCGUUUUCUGGCUAUGCUUGCCGGUCCAUUUUAUCCCAUCCUUCAGAUUGUAAGUGAAAGAGAAACUGCAAGGUUGGUUCUCAACAUUUCUGAUUAUGAAGCUUCUAAGACCAAUUUAUCGCCAACAGCUUUGAUGGUUUCCUCGAAUUUUGAGCCAAGGAGAUCACGAAACACAUCAUCCCUUUCCGUGCCUAUGUCAAUGCACUUGGUAUUUCGUCCUGAUGCAAUUUUUGUACUGCUUAGAAAGGCUUAUAAAGAUUCUAACCUGGGGAAUGUAUGCAGGAUGGUGUCGAGAAUUCUUUUGAAGCUUGUGGAGCCGAUGACAAUGCAAGAAGUAUCUACUCUGUCUUCUGACGUUACAACUUCUGUAGCUGAUGAGACUCCUAAAUCCGAGCCUUGUGGUCCUAUUUCCUUAUCUGAUUUUUCAACCUUGUUUGGGGAAGAAUUCGAAAUAGCAGAUGAUUCUUGGGAUCCUACGUACCUUAAUGUCUUAGAUUCUGCAGCUGUGGAAGAAGGAAUGAUGCAUGUUCUUUAUGCUUCUGCUUCCCAGCCUUCCCAUUGCAGCAAGCUGGCUGAGAACACUUCUGACUUUUGGUUGGCGCUACCAUUAAUUCAAGCAUUGCUUCCAGCACUUCGUCCAAAUGUUAGCAGUCCGUACCAAAUUGAUGAGAACUUCUCUCUUUGGAAGCAACCAUUUGUACAGACUGCACUCAAUCAGAUUGUGGCAACUUCAUCUUCACUGAUUUACCGUCCUCUGCUUCGUGCUUGCUCUGGCUAUUUGGCAUCUUUCUCGCCAUCACAUGCUAAGGCAGCAUGUAUUCUUAUUGAUCUUUGCUCUGGUGUAUUAGCACCAUGGAUGCCUCAAGUAAUUGCAAAGGUUGACUUGACUGUGGAGCUCUUGGAGGACCUUUUAGGCGUAAUCCAGGGUGCUCGCCUUUCUUUGUCCCGUGCACGAGCUGCCCUCAAAUAUAUUGUCCUGGCACUGUCUGGCAACAUGGAUGAUAUAAUGGCAAAAUAUAAGGAUGCUAAGCAACGAAUACUUUUCUUGGUGGAGAUGCUAGAACCUUUCCUGGAUCCUUCUUUAACCCCCUUAAAGGGCAUGAUAGCCUUUGGCAAUGUAUCUUCUAUUUUUAGUGAAAAUCAAGAACAAAAUUGUGCUAUAGCGUUAAAUGUGAUUCGCACUGCCAUAAGAAAGUCCGGGGUGCUUCCAUCAUUGGAGGCUGAGUGGAGAAGUGGGUCAGUUGCUCCUAGUGUGCUUCUCUCAGUUUUGGAUGCUCAGAUGCAGUUACCUCCUGAUAUUGAUCAAUGCAAAUUUUCAGCUUCUGGCACGGUGGAGCCACAAUCCUCAGCUGUUGUGCCUUCCUAUUGUAAUGGAGUAGCGCCUUCCAAAUCAAAUCACCAAGAAACUGCUGAUGUAAAGGUCGAUGUUAUUGACAUUAAUGGGAAGAUUGAUGUUUCGGAGGAUGCCAGUCUUCUCUUUGCUCCACCAGAACUGAGUAGAAUGUCCCUUACUCAUGUUCAUGCCACCUCAGACAUAAAGAUGUCAGAUUCAGGCCGUCCAAAUGUCAAUUUUGAGGCCAACAAUGUCAUGCAGAAAAAUUUAAUCAACCAGUUCCCCAGUGAUGUUGCAUUAGAUGCUGGUCAGGGUAUUGAAUUGUAUAAUAUGAUGGAUGACUAUUCUCAACUUGUGAAUUAUCGAGAUUGUGAGCUAAGGGCAUCCGAGUUUAGACGUUUAGCUGUGGACUUGAACUCCCAAAAUGAGAUUACCCGCGAGAGUCAUGAUGUAGCUAUAGAUGCUUUGCUUCUAGCAGCAGAAUGUUAUAUUAAUCCUUGCUUUAUGAUGUCUUUCAAAGACAUUUCACCUGAUGUGAGCAAAGUUUACCCCAAAAGUUCCAGUAAGGACUAUGGACCUUUAGAUAUUGAGGGAAUUUUCAGACAAAAAAAUAAUGACUUGAAAAUUGUGGCUGAUAUCGAAAGGAAUCGGGAUAGAGUUGUUCUUGAAAUCCUGAUUGAGGCAGCUGAGUUAGACCGAAAGUAUCACAAAGAGUCAUCGGAGGGGGAGAUUUCAGGAUUGUAUGAUGAAGGGGAUGAGGAUGUGGUGAAUCUGUCCCAGCAGGAUAUUCUUUGUGCAGAUGCUAUUACCUUGGUGCGACAGAAUCAAGCACUUCUAUGCAAUUUCUUGGUACAGCGUCUACAGAGGGAUUCACAUGGGGGGCAACACUCCAUGCACGAAAUUCUGAUGUGGUGUCUUCUGUUUCUGUUGCACUCAGCAACUAAAAUAGUCUGUGCCCCUGGGCAUGUGGUUGAUAUAAUAUUAAAUUUUGCUGAAUCACUCAACAUGCAGUUGAAAUCAUUUUAUUACCAACGUAAGGAAGGAAAUUCACAGCUAAACCAUUUUAAGCUGCAUGAGAUGCAACGACGUUGGAUUCUUGUUAACAGAUUAGUCGUUGCUUCAAGUGGUAAUGAUGAAAGAUCUGUGUUUUCAGUCAAUAUUAGAAAUGGUUUUCGGUUUUCGAACUUGGUUCCUCCUUCAGCCUGGAUGCAGAAAAUACCUGCCUUAUCUUCUUCUCCUUUCCCUUUGGUUAGGUACUUUGUUUGGAUGGCCAUUGCACGCAAUGCAAAUCAAUUUCUGAAAGAGCGCCUCUUCCUUGUUGCUGAUUUGCCUCAGUUGACGUAUCUUUUAUGUAUAUUUUCUGAUGACCUCUCUCUAGUGGAUAAUAUCAAUGAGCGAAAAGAUGUGGAGGAGCGGAUUGAAGAAUUGAGUUUAUGCCGAUAUAAUAAUAUUGAUGAUAGAAGCAAAAGUCUUGGCCAUCAAGAUGGAUUGCAAUCCUUUCGUGCUUUAUAUCCUGAUAUCAGUAAAUUUUUUCCUAAUUUGAAGAAAGAAUUUGUAGCUUUUGGUGAAACUAUAUUGGAAGCAGUUGGUUUGCAAUUGAAACUUCUUUCUCCUUCUAUUGUGCCAGAUCUGAUAUGUUGGUUCUCUGAUUUGUGCUCAUGGCCAUUUCUUCAAAGUGAAAAUGCACAAAUCUUAUUUCAGCACAAGCCUGAUUAUUUCAAAGGUUUUGUGGCUAAGAAUGCGAAAGCUGUCAUUCUUUACAUACUGGAAGCCAUUGUAGUUGAGCACAUGGAACCAAUGGUUCCAGAGAUACCGAGAGUGGUGCAAGUGCUUGUGUCCCUAUGCAGGAGUUCAUACUGUGAUGUGCCAUUUCUCAAUUCCAUAUUGUCCUUGUUAAAGCCUAUCAUAGCAUAUUCCUUAAGUAAGGUCUCUGGAGAAGAGAACCCACCAGCGGAUGAUUCAUGUGAUAACUUUGAAUCAUUAUGCUUCAAUGAGCUCUUUAAUAGUAUUAAAUAUGUUGAUAAGAAUCAAGAUACUCCAACAGAAAAAGGCAAAUGCCAGGCACUUGCGAUAUAUGUCUUGGCUACCUUUUUUGGUGAUUUGUCCUUCCAUCGGAAAACAGAAUUAUUACAGUCCACCAUACUCUGGGCAGAGUUUGCAUCAUUUGAGGGCACAAAUACUUUUCAUGAUUAUAUUUGUGCAUAUCAAGUUCUCAUGGAAAACUGUAGAGAUCUACUGGUCGCCACUUCGAGAGCGUGGGGUGUAAUUCCACUUAAAAGCCCCCUGCAUUCUGAUACUAGCAUUUGUAGUAUUGGUGAUUAUACUAAGUCAUCAUCCUGGUUUCUGAAUGAUUUAUGCAAGUCCUCUCCGAUAGAGGUGUCAGAGAGGCAUCAAGAUGACGACGAUGCAGUUUCUGAUGUUCGUCAUAAGGUUUGUCAAUUGAAUUUGGAAGAGGUGAAGAGUCUCUCCAAACACCUGGAAGCCCUCAUAUCUAAACUCAAUCCAACUUUAGAACAAUGUUGGAAAUUACAUCAUAAAUUGUCCAAGAAACUGGCAGUGACAUGUGCCGAAUGUUUCAUGUACUCGCAGUGUUUAUCUUUGAUAGCGGAGAAAGUUUCUGACUCUUCAGGAGUAGAGGAAGUUUUUGACUCUUCAGGAGUAGAGAAUCUCCUUCCAAGCAAGUUUGUUGAUGAGUUCCCAGAUUCUUGGAGGACCAGUCUUGGAGGACUUUCUCAAAUGAUCUUGGUGCUUCAGGAAAAACAUUGUUGGGAUGUAGCAUGCGUGUUACUUGACUCACUUCUAGGGGUACCUCAGUGUUUUUGUUUGGAUAAUGUGAUCGCUGACAUAUGCUCUGCUGUUAAGAACUUCUCUAACAGUGCACCUAAUAUCUCUUGGAGACUACAGACUGAUAAGAUGAUAUCAUUGUUAUUGGCAAGAGGCAUCCAUAACCUCUGUCAAACUGUGGCCCCUCUGGUUGAUCUGUUCUGUGCCAUUCUUGGGCAUCCUGAGCCUGAACAACGAUAUAUUGCUUUAAAGCACUUAGGUGGAAUUGUUGGCCAAGAUGUAAAUGGUGAAAGGUUACUUUUGUCUUCAAAAACUGAAUCUAUGAUAGCAUUAUCGGAUCCAAUUAUUUCUGCUUCAGAGCCGAUUUUAUCAACUCUGGUUUCUGCUACCUGGGAUCAUGUGAGUUUGAUUGCAUCAUCUGACACAUCGCUGCUCCUACGGAGCCAUGCAAUAGCACUACUUAUCAACUUCAUACCAUUUGCUGAGAGGUGUAAAUUGCAGUCAUUUCUUCAAGCAGCUGACAGUAUUCUUCAAUGUUUGAUGACUCUUGCACAACCUACAUGUUAUGGCCCACUGACACAAUUCUCUUUAGCACUCAUUGCCACUGUUUGUCUUUAUUCUCCAUCUGAAGAUAUUUCACUGAUUCCUGAAAGUAUUUGGAGAAAUAUUGAAACAUUCGGAUUGUCUAGAACUGAUAGGUACUGCACCGGCCUUGAGAAAAAGGCUUGUGAAGCACUAUGUAGACUUAAAACUGAAGGGGAACAGGCUAAACAAAUUUUAAAGGAAGUGCUUUCUUCCAGUCCUGCAAAACAGGAAAUCCCUGAUUUUGUAUCUGCAAGAGAAUCAAUUCUUCAGGUCAUUGGCAAUUUAACCUCUGCCCGAUCAUAUUUUGAUUUCUUCAAAAAGGAAGCUGACCAGAAGACCUUGGAACUGGAAGAAGCUGAAAUUGAGAUGGAACUUCUACAAAAAGAGCACCCACUAUCAGAUUCAUCUUUUGAUUUCCAAGAUUGGCAUCAGCUACCAUUUUUGUCCACCUAUGCAAGGAAUGAUCAGCGAUUACAGCAAAUCAAAGACGGAAUUAGAUCCAUCGAAAAGGCUAGACUCAGGGAAGAAAUAGCAGCUCGCAGGCAACAAAAGCUUAUUCUGAGGCGUGCACGCCAACAAUUUGUAGAGGAGGCAGCUUUACGAGAAGCAGAACUUAUUCAGAAACUUGAUAGAGAGAGAACAAAUGAAAUGGAAAAGGAGCUUGAGAGACAGCAUUUGCUGGAGGUUGAGCGAUCAAAAACUAGAGAAUUGCGGCACAAUCUUGAUAUGGAGAAAGAAAAGCAAGCACAGAGAGAUCUCCAGCGGGAACUUGAGCAAGUGGAAUCUGGGGUCCGACCAUCAAGACGAGAAUUCGCAUCCUCCAGUCAUAGUAGGGAAAGAUUCAAAGUGUAGUGUAAGGGGUAAUGCCUCUUAAUGGGAGGACCAAAGAAGAAGGGGUGAGCAGAAGAAAACUGAUCUUUCCUUAUGCUGCUACCUCAGACCCUACUGAAGGUUCUAGCUCGGUUUUCAAUGUGCUUGUAUUUAUUAACUUAAUGAUACAUAUGCUUCCUAAAAUAUAUUUUCAUUUCUGGUUGUCAGUUUAUUAACUCGUUGUGGAAGGCCCCACUCUGCUCUUUGAGAGAAUCACAUACUUGAAAAUGGAAUCAUGUCUUGUAAAUGUUUGAGAACCAGACUAGAUACGUAGGUUUGGCUCGAUCAGCAGGCAUGGUUAUGUCUUAUCCAGUCUCUCCUUGAAAAUCAAGAGGGUGCAAACAAGAGGGAAGGAGUUAAUAAUUUGCCUGUUGCUCUUUCAUGCUCUCUCUGAAUUGACAAUAAAUUUGAUCGACUUAUGAAACAUAAUCAGAGAAGCAUACUAGUUCAUUACUUUGAUUGGUCAAAGUCUCAUUUUCUUCUCUCCUUAACUUGUAUAGAAAUAGGAAACCCAUUGGUGCACCGGGCUUUUCACUCAAUUACAACCCUGCUUUAUUUACAUUGCUGUGUAAGAAUGUCUUCCACAAUUUCGUCUUAUCAAUAUAUUAUAAAGUAGAAUUUUUCAGUUUCAAAUAGAAAUAUUUGAACUAUCUCUGUGGGAACUUAGCUAUUAAACCCACGCAUAAUCCUGAAUUUACAGAGCUUUUCAUUAUGUAGACCACUCUUCUUAAUGCAUCUCUUGUGUACAUAUGCAAUUUUCAGAUUCAGACAGGUCACAGUAAGUGCCAUGGUACUAUCUUCAUCAGAGCGUCUUAUCAGAUAUUUCUUUCUUAAUUUUCCAAUUGUUUGAGUAACAAAUCAGGACAUCCUGCCUGAUUUCCAUAUUUAUGGCCCUGAAAAGAUAAGUAAUUAGAACUUGUAUAGAGUAGAUAUGGUAGUUCAAUUUCCCCUACCAUUGAGUCAUUGACACAAGAACUCAAGACUCUGGUACAAAGAGCUCAAUCAUCCAAUUGAAGAAUGCCAUUAAGCUGGCAGUGUAUCAGAUUCUGACAUGACUUGCAUCAUUUUAUUAGGCAGCUAGCUGAAACUUUAGGAGUUAAUUCCUGGUUUGGCUCAAGUUCAAUUACCACCUGAUUUCAUGAAUAAAACUAGAGAAUUCUUGAUAUAAUGGUUAAAUAUGGCAAGAACGUAUAAUAGGAUAAAUGACGAACCUCUCAAUGAUAUAAGAAAUUGUUGUAAGAUCAUGUAGAGAAAUUCUAUGAUGGCACUGUUCUCUAUUCUUUGUGAUCUGUUUAAAGAAACUUUCUAAUCUGUACACAAUUCUUGAUAUAAUGGAAAUAUGGCAAGAACGUACAAUCGGAUAAAUGACGAACUUCUCAAUGAUAUAAGAAAAUGUUGUAAGAUCUUGUUGAGAAAUUCUAUGAUGACACUGUUCUGUAUUCUUUAUGAUCUGUGUAAAAGAAAUUUUCCGAUCUGUACACAAUACAGUACCUAAAUAGUUGAUAGCUAACUGUACUAAGAGGCAAUAACAGCUUCCAAAUACUUUCAUUUUGCGAUGUUCUAAUUAUUUCUUAUUUUAAUUCUUUUUCCUUCAAUUCAUUUUCCUUGUCAUAAUAAAUUUUGAGCAGUAUAGUCAAAUCGUUUGUUUUCUGUGGUUUUAUUCGUAACUUGUGUAAUGUACUCAACUACGCAACAUGUAAAGUAGUUGAGACACUUGUGUUUCUUCUCCUUUUCUUUUCCUAUCUAUCUUGGUGGGGUGGGGAUGUUUCGUGAAUUUGUGAAGAUAUUUGAAAAAAAUGGCCCAAGUUAAGGAGAUUCUUGCUGUUCAGGAAUCAGGUCACACUCUCACUUACAAGCUCAAUUUUCUAAGAAAAAUUGCAUUGACAUGAUUGGAUGAGAAACUUAAUAAAAAAAUGUCAAAAAUUCUAUCAAAAAAGGAUGCAGCCAGAUGUAUACAAGUAGCUGGUAGAGCAUGCACACUACAGUUGCAGGUCAAAACAGAACUUUAAAAGAUUCAGAAAGUAUUUGUCUAUAAAAUGUGCUCGAGCUAAUUCAGUGUGAUGUAAGGAUUUAGGGUGGUUAAUUUGUUCAUUUCUUGGUUCUCUUUUUCCCCUAUUACUGUUUAUUACUUAACAAACUCUUGUGUAACCCUUUUGAUGGGAGGGUGAGGUCUUUAGAGUUCUCUUUCCCCCUUGAGCCUUUGUUGAAGUCAAUUUAGACAAAGCACCAGGACUUCCUUGAAAAGUAAAAUGAGAAUUAGCAUUUAAUACGAAAAUAAAUGUCAUACUAAGUUUUAGAGACUUGUCUAUCCAAAAGAUGCAGGUAAGAUGCACAUUUUCGCCUAAGUUCAUUCUUCCAUUUCUUGGUAUGUCAGAUUACUUGGCGAAUGGCAAUUUAUUUCUUGUUCUUGUACUCAGUUCAUAUCUCUUUUUACUAAGGGUUGAAAGUAUCAAGAUGAUUACCUUUCCAAGUAUUUACCAACUUAGAUAAGAUCAGCAUGCAGUUAAUGAUCACUACCUUAACUGAAGCCCCUUUAUGAUCACUAUCUUAUCCUUUUUACUAAGGGCUGAUAAGUAGCAUGAUAAAUAUCCUUAACUAUUUCUGGUUCUUCUGC